CCCCACUCUCAUGCACAGCACAUGUUUGAUGAAAUGCCCCACAGAGUUUGCAGUACGAUAAAAAAGCAACUAAACAAAGUGUUGUGGUUUGAUUUUACUGAUAUUCUCGUGGGUUAUGAUGUUUCUGUAGCUCUGGACUAAUUUGAUUCAGUUGAUCGCGUGGAAGUGAGUUGUAGAGAGAAAACAAUGGGGAGUAAAACCCUGUUUAAAUGGUCGAAACAGAUCACUUCUUUGCAAGUCGGGCAGCUGAUAAAAGCCGAGAAGGACCUCCAGAAAGCGCUGAUUAUAUUUGACUCCGCAACAGCUGAGUACACCAAUGGCUUUCGGCAUGAUCACAGCACUUUUGGCCUCAUGAUAUCUAGAUUAGUCUCUGCAAACCAGUUCAGGUCUGCCGAGGCGCUGCUUGAUAGGAUGAGGGAGGAGAAAUGCAGCAUUACGGAAGAUAUAUUCUUGUCUGUUUGUAGAGGAUAUGCUCGAGUUCAUAGGCCACUGGAUUCUGUCAGGGUGUUUGACAAGAUGGAGGAUUUUCAGUGCAAACCAACUGAAAAAUCUUACAUUACAAUAUUUGGGAUUCUUGUGGAGGAAAACCAGUUGAAGGUUGCUUUCAGAUUCUACAAGUAUAUGAGGAGAACCGGCAUUCCAGCUAGCAUUGUUUCACUUAAUAUUUUGAUUAAAGCGCUUUGUAAGAACAGUAGUUCCAUGGAUGCAGCUGUUCGGAUAUUUCGUGAGAUGCCUGAUCAUGGCUACACCCCUGAUUCAUAUACAUAUGGUACAUUGAUUAAUGGACUGUGUAAGUUGGGGAAGAUUGGUGAGGCAAAGGAGCUAUUCCAUGAGAUGGGAACAAAAGAUUGUUUGCCAUCUGUUGUUACGUAUACUUGCCUGAUACGUGGUUUGUGCCAAUCUAACAAUUUGGAUGAAGCUGUGGAAUUGUUUGAAGAAAUGAAAUGCAAAGGUAUCAACCUGAAUGUGUUUACUUAUAGUUCGUUGAUGGAUGGUUUCUGCAAGGGUGGACGUUCUUCAGAAGCAAUGGAAUUAUUAGACUUGAUGGUUAGUAAACGUCAUUUGCCCAACAUGGUCACUUAUAGUACGUUGCUUCAUGGACUCUGCCAAGAAGGGAAGCUACAAGAGGCUUUGGAGAUUCUGGACAAGAUGAAGCUGCAGGGCUUAAAACCAGAUGCAGGGCAGUAUGGUAAACUAAUAACUGGCUUCUGCAAUGUUUCCAAGUUCCAGGAAGCUGCAAACUUUCUUGAUGAGAUGGUCCUGGGUGGGAUUUCACCUAACAGAUUAACCUGGAGUCUUCAUGUCAGGAUCCAUAAUGCAGUAGUUCAAGGCCUGUGUUUAAGUGGCAACCUAGCUCGAGCCUUUCAGUUGUAUCUUAGCAUGCGCACCAGGGGUUUCUCAAUUGAUGUAGAAACUUUUGAUACUCUAGUGAAAUACAUCUGUAAAAAAGGUGACCUGCACAAAGCUUAUCGAAUUGUUGAUGAGAUGGUGCUUGAUGGAUGCGUUCCAGAUUAUGGAAUAUGGAAUGUUGUGGUUGAAGGGUUUUGGGAUCGCACCAAGGUGCGUGAACCUGCUGAGUUGUUGCAUGUUGAGCUGAUGAGCGAAUUAGCUGAUUAAUAAGUUGGAUGAAUUCUGAGCUAUUAAGUGCUAAGGUACACUUGUAUCCCUUAUCAUAAACAUUUUUUUACCCGGACAGUCCUUUGUUAGUCAUCAUAGUGUAUAAGAGCAAAAUAUAGCACUUGCACUAAAAAUAAUAUGAAAACUGAUGUCCUUGGUGAUUGUUCAUACUGG